AAAGCUUAGGCUCCAUUCCCAAAUAAUAUGGACCACACACAUUAUUGUAGCGUAACAUUAUCAUUUGACACAUAUUUACUCUAAGACUUAUUAUAAGCUCAGCAACCGACACCCUUUGUACAUAACUAACACACAGAAUUGAAGAGACUCAGUUAUUGGAUCACCAUGGAAAACAAAGUAGCAAGAACAAGUGAAGCUCAACCCAUAAGAUGUAAAGCUGCCGUUAGUCGCAAACAAGGUGAGGCAUUGAGCAUUGAAGAGAUCAUUGUGGCACCACCAAUGGCUUGUGAAGCAAGGAUUAAAGUUAUAUGCACCACUCUUUGUCACGUUGAUCUCACUUUUUGGAACACUAAGGACCCUGCUUCAAUUUGGCCAAGAAUUCUGGGUCAUGAGGCAAUUGGGGUUGUGGAAAGCAUAGGAGAGGAUGUGACUGAAGUUUCAAAAGGAGAUGUAGUUAUGACAAUUUUCUUGCCAGAUUGUGGAGAGUGUGUGGAUUGCAAAUCAGAAAAGAGCAACCUGUGUUCAAAAUUCCCAUUCAAAGUAUCUCCAUGGAUGCCAAGAUAUGAUAGUAGCAGAUUCACUGAUCUCAAUGGACACAUCAUACACCAUUUCCUUUCUGUUUCAAGUUUUACUGAGUACACUGUCGUUGACAUUGCCAAUCUAACCAAGAUUCAUCCACUUGUUCCUCCAAACAAGGCAUGCCUCCUUAGUUGUGGUAUCUCGGCCGGGCUAGGUGCUGCUUGGAGAUUAGCAAAUGUAGAGCCAGGUUCAACUGUUGCUAUUUUUGGGUUGGGAAGCAUUGGAUUAGCAGUUGCUGAAGGAGCUAGAUUUUGUGGAGCAACUAGGAUUAUUGGUGUGGAUGUUAAGCCAGAAAAAUUUGAAAUUGCAAAAAAGUUUGGAGUUACUGAUUUUGUUAAUGCUGGUGAAUGUGGAGACAAAUCUCUGAGCCAGAUAAUUAUAGAUAUGACUGGUGGUGGAGCAGAUUACUGCUUUGAAUGUGUUGGUUUAACAUCAUCAGUUCAUGAAGCAUAUGCUUCUUGUAGAAAGGGUUGGGGAAAAACAAUUGUUUUAGGAGUGGACAAGCCAGAAUCCCAGUUGAGUCUUAACACUAGAGAGAUCCUCUUCAAUGGGAAGAGCCUAAUUGGAUGCUUAUUUGGAGGACUCAAACCCAAAUCUCAUGUCCCUGUUCUCCUUAAACGUUACAUGGACAAGGAACUAAAGUUGGAUGAAUUUGUCACUCAUGAGUUGAAAUUCAAAGACAUCAACAAAGCUUUUGAUUUACUGAUGAAAGGAGAGUGUCUCAGAUGUGUAGUUUGGAUGGACAAAUGACUUCGUUCUUUUGUGUGCCUUUGAUUCUUGUAUUUGAUUGAAGUAAAAUUAGAGGAGUAUUAGGAGCCAGCAGAAUUUGUGAUGAGUAGCCAUCAAUUAGUCAUCAUGAGUGUUUUUAAUGGUGUGAUUGUAGGAUUACUCAAUUUUUUUUUAUGGUUAAGCGCUGACCAAAUUUUAAUAAAAAUGCCGGUCUC